UACUUGUUUGUUUUCUCUCAGAACAAAGCAACAAUGGGGCACUUUUUCUCAGCGAAUAACCGACAGAGAGCGAUAACAACAAGGCUACAGCUUGACGAAGAGAUUGUUCUCUUUCGUCAAGAUCAACUAAUCUCGUCUUUCCUCGAGAUCGCUGUCGAUCAGACCGCCGAAACCGCAAGAUAUUGUUACAGACGACAGAUUGGAAUAUUGAUCAAGCCGUAAACCUCUUUCUCACCAACAACGCGAUGUAUCGGGAGGUUGUGGACUCGACGACAUCAGGAACUUCUGAUGAUUCAGACUCGAGAUCGUCUUUCUCGUUUCCUCCUCCUUCAUAUAUACUUCACGAGGGUUUGUUUGAAUAUGCGAAAUAUGUUUCCAUUGAAAAGAAUCUAUGGUUGGUAGUGAAUCUCCAGUCCAGGACAGAGUUAGGUUCUCAUAUACUUAAUCGAGAUGUAUGGGCGAACGACGCGGUUUCGAGAACCAUUGAGUCCCACUUCAUCGUAUGGCAGGUCUAUGAUGAUACAAACGAAGGUCAGAAAAUCUCUAGUUUCUACAAGAUCGAAGCUCCUCCUCCUGUGGUGUUUGUAAUCAAUCCCAUCACUGGCCAGAAGAUGCAUAUGUGGAGCGGCGUGAUUGAAGCUGAGAGUAUUGUCGAGGAUUUGAUGAUGUUUUGGGACGCUGGUCCUCACGAAAACAUUGCUUCUCUGACAAGGAACAGGCGCACGGAAACUGCGGAGACUUGUUUGUCAAGCUACAACUUCUAUGAAACCCCUGCUCCUUCCUGGGGUGAAGAGUUUGAAGAGGAGGAUAAUUGGUCGUCAAGAAGCAACAAUAAUCAAGUCGUGGCUCCUACUUGGGAGAAAGAACUUGAAGAACAAGACGAGUGGGAGAUUUGGUCGUCACGCAGUGACACUGAUGACUUCGUGCCUCCUUUUAUGGGGGACGAAUAUGAAGAUCCGGAUGAAGUAAAGGAGGAGGAGAUAUGUUUAGUGUUCCCGGUUUUGACAGAAGAGCCAAAAGGAGACUGUGAUCGAAGCGUUGUGUGUAGUCUCUGCGUUCGAUUUCCAGAUGGGAGAAGAAAGCAGAGGAAGUUUCUCAAGAGCGAACCGAUUCAGCUUCUUUGGUCAUUCUGUUAUUCUCACAUUGAUGAAUCUGAGAAAAAGGCAUUCAAGCUGGUGCAGGCGAUUCCCGGUGCUUCAAAGACUCUAGAUUGUGAAGCUGACGCCACGUUCGACCAAUCUGGGCUUGCUAAUUCGCUGAUCUCGGUUACUUGGGAAUGAAGCUUUCAAGGUUUAGGUUAACCUGUAACCAAAAAUAGGGGUUUGAGUUUUAUCAAAUUUGGUGUUGACUUAGUUCCUUCUUUAUUCCAUCGUAGUGCAUUGUGAAGAAAACAAGUACCUUUCUAGUA